GUAGAAACCGAUAAAAUGAGUGAGACCAAGGUGCGGGAGCUCGAGGAUAUGUCCGGAUCAUCGGCAGACGAGUUUUGCUUCCGGAGAAUCCCUCGAAGUCGAGAAGUGGGGCAGUCCUAUGUGUCGAGUGUCGUCACUACUCUGCGAUCGCAGCUGUCCUGUCUACCGCUGGUGCUUGAUAUUGAACCUGGACUGGUACUCGGAAAUGGACCGGGAACCUGCGUUCCAAUAUUCUUUGUGUGCUUCGCCUUGCGGUUUCUGGGCCUGCGCAAUAACACGAAGUUGAUGUAUGUCGAGAGCGUUGCGCGCGUGAAGAAUCUUUCGCUUACAGGCAAGAUCAUCUACAAACUAGGACUAUGCGACAACUUCCUAGUACAAUGGCCAACAUUGGCAAUGAAGUAUCCUAGAGCGACGUACAUAGGGCGUUUGAUAUAACUUUCUAUGCUGAAUACGUAUAGAUAUACGCAUGUAGCACACAUGCCUCAGGGUAGUGCCGGUUUUUGAUGUAUACACAUGUGCACAUACGAACCUACGGCGUCGGAGACUUUCAAAUUCAAUCUGCACAACUAACUAGCGAAAGGCACUUUGCCGUAAGCGUGGUACAGACUCCGAUAUACUUGUCGAUGACACACAACACACAACAGCGUCCAUUGUCUCGACAUAGCCCGCACUCUUACUUUCUUCCUUCACGAUGUUGGAAGGCGUAGAAUGGUCAGCAUGCUUAUACCAAGAGGGAGCAGCCUUGGGACGAUGUUGACUAUGCUGCUGCUGGUGGCGGCAAGUGCUCCUCGAGACUCAGAACCCGGAGUGAUGAGAUACUCGGGGGAAUCAAAGCCAAUCGGUGUUUGCCCGGAGAAGGCGUGUCUUAACUUCGCCCACGCCUCUCACUCGAGAUUUGUGCGUAGGGCUUUCUCAAGAAUCUAGUUAUUGUUGUCUCCAUAUGAAAGCCCACUCGCACGUUACAGAAUCUUCAUGAGUCGUUCUGAGACCACUCUCUCGCCAAGACGUGGUUCAGCUCUUAUCAAGGGGCACAAGCGAAUAUAAAACCCCACACACCUGACCUGGGUCAAUAUCCCUGCUACUUCACGAACGACCGAGAAGUCGGCUACCCGGUAAUCGCACAGAACUGUUUACAGCUGUGGGCGUAUUGUGUAGGCAUAGAGCGUACUACAGUUAAAACGUCAGGGUUUUAAUGUAGUUUAUUUAGUGUGAUUGUAAGUAGCUAGGUAUGUAUGCACUGCAUAUGCUUCAUAAUCCACUGAGCCGGAUGCCGUGUCGCCCUACUUCAGUAGAUGGCGACACCCCACCAAGUCCUGCAAUGCGAUCAUCAAUUGCAAAUUGCGACCAGGAAGGGCGAUACUGCAUGCUACAAUGUGAACAUACAGUGACUGGAGGUUUACUUGUAAUGCGAAAUCCGGUUAGGAGACUGGCGAGCUCAGCACCCUGUACCUUGACCAAUAAACCAUUCUAAAUGU